AUGAGUCUUACUGCUAAAGAAGCACUGUUAACUUUACGAAGUCCAGAAGCUACAAUGCCAAUAACUUGCCUCAUCAUUUUUGUGUGUCUCUGGGGGCCGGGCCUCGGUGGUGCUCCUGAUGCAUCCCAUGCCGCCAACGUGUCGAUUCAAGUCACAGAGGGCAGCGGUGUGGGGAAACUAAAAGAGCCCGCUGUGGAUCAUGAGAAGUUUGAACUGACUAAACAAUCCAGCCAGGAUGCUAUUAUGCUGACCUUUCAAUUCAAAUUAACUGAAAACACUGAUGUCAAGUGGGAAACCAUCCUGUGGAAGUCGAAGCUUUACGUGCAGGUACCCUGUGUUAUUCUCCCCGAUGGCUCAAAGGAGGCGUAAGUUGUGUUCGUUUUGUUAGGUGAAU